UGAAGAAAAAAAACGAAUGUGGGUGAAGAAGAGAAUGUGACAACUGCCGAGUGUGUGUCUACUGCCUUGGGGAGGCCCUGGCACUUUCACCUGUCCCUCUCCGUCUCCGCGGCCAGGCGCAGUUGUCGAACUGGGAGCGCUGAGAGAGCAGAGCGACUCACUGUAUACUUGUCAGGCAGAGCAGAGCAGAGAGGAGAGCGCUGAUCCUCAGCCUGUACACGGAGGGACACAGAGCCAGGGCAACAUGACUUCAUCCUACAAUCUGGAUUUCCUGCCCGAUAUGAUGGUGGAGAGCCGCUUGCUGGUUCCGGGCGAUAGAAUUAACGGCACGGCCGGGAAGAUGAACGGGGCGCUGGAGCAUUCGGACCAGCCCGACCCAGACGCCAUCAAGAUGUUCGUGGGCCAGAUCCCUCGCUCCUGGUCAGAGAAGGAGCUGAAGGAGCUGUUUGAGCCCUACGGGGCCGUCUAUCAGAUCAACAUCCUCCGAGACCGCAGCCAGAACCCUCCACAGAGCAAAGGGUGCUGUUUUGUCACGUUUUACACACGGAAAGCUGCCCUUGAAGCCCAGAAUGCAUUGCAUAACAUAAAGACCUUAACAGGGAUGCACCAUCCCAUUCAGAUGAAGCCUGCAGACAGUGAGAAAUCAAACGCGGUGGAGGACAGGAAACUGUUCAUCGGCAUGGUGUCGAAGAAGUGCAAUGAGAACGACAUCCGAGUGAUGUUCUCUGCGUUUGGCCAGAUCGAGGAGUGCCGGAUCCUGCGAGGGCCCGACGGACUCAGCAGAGGCCUCAGCCAGAGGGAAGCCAACGUUAAGGGAUGUGCGUUUGUCACGUUUUCUACCAGGGCUAUGGCACAGAAUGCAAUCAAAGCCAUGCACCAGUCUCAGACUAUGGAGGGUUGCUCGUCUCCCAUCGUGGUGAAGUUUGCCGACACGCAGAAGGACAAGGAGCAGCGGCGCCUGCAGCAGCAGCUGGCUCAGCAGAUGCAGCAGCUCAACAACGCCACCACCUGGGGGAGUCUGACAGGGCUGGGCGGCCUCACCCCGCAGUAUCUGGCUGUAAGAGGACACGCCACGUCGCCCACCCCUUACUGCAGCCCCGCAGCCAACGCAUCCGUCGCCGCCGCAUUGCUUCAGCAGGCCACCUCCUCCAGUAACCUGGGAGCCUUCAGUGGGAUCCAACAGAUGGCAGGUAUGAGUGCUCUGCAGUUGCAGAACCUGGCCACUUUAGCAGCGGCAGCAGCGGCGGCCCAAAACUCAGCCGGCCCCAACGCAAACCCCCUGUCCUCCAACGCGGCCUCCCUCGGAGCGCUGGCCAGCCCAGCCAACUCCUCGGGCAUGACCUCUCUGACCUCUCUGGGCACUCUGCAGGGCCUGGCUGGCGCCACCAUGGGUCUGAACAACAUUAAUGCACUAGCAGGUAGCGUCAACAUUGCUCACAUGCUCUCAGGUAUGGCGGCCCUGAACGGAGGCCUGGGCGGCGCGGGGCUGACCAACGGCACGGCGGGCACCAUGGACGCGCUCACACAGGCCUACUCAGGGAUCCAGCAGUACGCUGCCGCAGCCCUGCCCACUCUCUACAGCCAGUCCCUGCUGCAGCAGCAAGGUGCCGCCGGCAGCCAGAAAGAGGGGCCUGAAGGUGCCAACCUGUUCAUCUACCACCUGCCCCAGGAGUUUGGGGACCAGGACAUCCUGCAGAUGUUCAUGCCUUUUGGAAACGUGGUCUCUGCCAAAGUCUUCAUUGACAAACAGACAAACCUGAGCAAGUGCUUCGGCUUCGUCAGCUAUGACAAUCCCGUGUCGGCGCAGGCAGCCAUCCAGGCCAUGAAUGGCUUCCAGAUCGGCAUGAAGAGGCUGAAGGUGCAGCUCAAGCGCUCCAAGAACGACAGCAAACCAUACUGAUCUUAGCACUAGGGCCUAUCUGCUCCCAUGUUACCACUGCUAGGGUAAGUCCCCAUACGAGCCACGACCUCUACACAGGGACUGGGGGAGGGAAGUGGAGGGAGGGGGGAGUCCAUAUUUGACCACCAGAGGGAGACACUACUUUCUCUUUUAUUUUUUUAGUUUUUUUAGCUUUUUUUGUUUAGCAGUAUUAUUUAUUAUUACUAUUAUGAUUUUUUUUGUAUUAUCUUUCACAUGAAUGCUUCCAUUACCACCUUUAUUUUGUACCACUUAAAAAAAGUAGCUAUCAUCGGUAGCUUUUUCAGUUGUAAAACAUAUUUAAUUUUCUACGUGAUUAUUUAUAUACUGUUAUGAGAAGAAUUUCAUUACUCGAAAAACAGAGUAAGAAAAAAAAAAACUAUGAUUUUGUUUGUUCUCUUUGUGAACCUGAGGCCUGAUAAAAUGUCGAUAUAAAGGGUUCAUUUCUGACACACCACGCACCGAUAUGCACAUGACCCUUGACCUCCUGGUGUUGGUUUCCGGGCCAACCGCCGCUGCUUCUCUGACCCCUGAUGCCUGCUGACAGACACCAGGGAACAAAGGGUUAAAAAACAAAACUUAGUGGCCUCUCACCUGUUAGUCAGUCAAUGACAGCAUCCCAUACACUCCUCUAUUUCAUUACUAUCAGGACUCCAGUCAUUUCUUUAUGUGAAGAAUGUUUAUUUCACACUUAAACAAUAUUAGCAAACUAUGAUUUUCUGGGUCAGAUCACAUUGGUCUUUGUUGAAAGGGAUAUUGUGUAGAACAUUUUCAAAGUAACAUCCAUAAUCUGAUGAAGGCUAUAAGAAAAAAAAAUGAUGGGUGGGAAGUUAACUGAAAAUACUUGAUGUUUCUUGAGAGAUAAAAAAAGAAAUUCAAAGUAGCGAAAGCCACAGGCCUGUACAUUUUAUUUGUAAAAAAAGCAGUUCUAUUUUUAUACAAAAUUUUUACUGCCUCAGAAAAAAAGGAUUUUAUUUAUUGCCUAUCGUUAAGUUAUUGGACUCCUAUAAAGAACAGAAUUCGUUAGAAUAGAACCCCGUUGAGUAGUCUUCUGAAAUUCGGAGCUGUAGAAUUCUCUAGAACAGAGCCACGUUCACACCUCGCUCUGCCUCUGCUCCCUUCACUUUCACACACCUCUCUCUGUCUGUGCAUCACAUCCGUCUGUGAUCAGCUCUUUCUCUCUCUCCAUCAGUAUCGGUACUUCACCUGUCACAUUUCAACCUUUCCUUGCGUUUCGUUUUUUUGUUCACGUGUUUGUUUCGUUAUGUUUCGUUCGUUUGUACUGUACAAAAACUUUUAAACAGUUUCUCCCAAAUGACAAUCCAUCCUCCUUGCUCUGUAGGAGCAUGUGGUACUGAUGGAUAUAACUUUGGCUGCUCUGUGUAUGAGUGUGUGAUAGUGUGUUUGUACUGUAAAUGUGUGUCUGUUAGUAUUAAUCCAAAUUGUAAAUCCUUUUUGUAAAAAAAAACAAAAAAAUAGCAAGAGAUAAAAAAUUGCCAAUUGUGUAGUGAGUGGUGUUGCCCUUAUGACCUGGUGGUUUACAUUGUUGUUUUGUUGUGUGUUGUUCCCCUGAUUUUAAUGCUGUAGUAAUGUGGUGCCCUGGCUCUCUGUUCUGUGUGUAACUCUCUCCUCUCCCCUGUUUUCUUCCUAUAGAACCCAUCUCCAUGCCUGUUAGCUCAUCGUUUGCCUAGCAUGUCUCUGUGGCGUGGCGUCCAAAAACAAAAAAAUACAAAAAAGUCUCAUCGUCCCGUCAUUGUUUUCUGAUGUCUUUUCUGAGCUCACCUGAUCAUAACCUGGUCUCCGCCUACUGACCUUUUGAACUUAGCUUGACCUUUUUGGACUUUUUUUGCAUGUGACCUCAUUUUGUUCUAUUUUGGGGAGGUGGGGUAAAUGGGGUACAUUGUGCAUGAAGGAGGGAGGGAGGGGGGAGCGAAUCAAUGUGAAAAAGUAUAGCAUCAUUCAUACAAAAAGACUGAACUCUUAAAGACAAAAACAAAAGUUUCUUUUUAAAAACAGAAAAACCCUGUGGCAAAAUGAUUUCCAUUAGAUUUAUUUAGUUAUGUUUAGUUUCCUUCUUUUAUGUUGGGUUUCGUUUUUUGUUCCUUUUUUCAUUUAAAGUAAACUUGAAAGUUCAGCACAGGGAUUGGCAUGCUGUCUUGGUUCUGGCUCCACUGGCAAUAUGAGGCCAGAAGCGGACACUGUCGGUGUCCAUGAAAAAUAGACUACUUCCAAACAGUUCUGAAUAAAAACUGACUGAUCAAUAUUAGACUCUCUCAGAGCUCUGUAAUUGUUUUUACAUUUUUCAGGCAGUGUAAAGUUUUUUGAUAAGGCCAUUUUAAGUGGCUCUGUUUCUCAUUAAAGUAUAUAUAGAACCACUUUUUUCUAGAGUAGUUUAAGGUAUUACAAAAAUGUCAACAAAAAAAGACUUGCCCUGUUUGGGGGGAGAAAUGCUACCUACGUGUCACCUUUUGCUGAACUGACUCACAGAUAGACAAUCCGUGGUUUAAAUGCACAUGAUGAAGAAAUGACCUAUAUUUUCUACUGUUUAAAUUAUAGAGCGAAAAAAAAAGAAGAAAAAACCUGUAACCCGCGUUAACGUUGGUGCUUCUUGUGAGUUUAGUUUUGGUUUCAUUACAAGUCUAACGGUCUUAAGUGUCUCAUGUUUUUAAAGAGAAGACUAAAAAAAACUGUUUACUUGAACAAUAGACAGCCUUUCAUAUGAAUACUAUUAUAAUUGUUCCUUUUGUCUUUUUUUUAAGCAGUCCCAAUUUGCAAAAUUUCUUGUUGGGUAAUUAGCUAUAUAAAAUUCCUAAAAAAAUAUAUAUAUGAAUAUAUAAAUAUAUAUAUAUAUUUAACAUGUCGGCUUGUGAAGCAUCAAUGUUAAUAUAAUUUUAUUUCUAUCGUGGGAAACAAUAUUUAGAUGUGUUUUGUUGUUCAUUAUAAUGUGAUUUUCUUUUCUUAUAAAGAAAAAAAGACAAGAUCGGUGGAGUUUAGUGCCAAAUCCUGAAGGUACAUCCUGUCAAUAGCGCGUCAGUGUAUUUCUUGUGAAAUUAUUUGAUAACAUGGGUAUUUUAUUAAGUGUUUUGUAUGGAUCCCUCAUAUGUAAAAAUAUAGAUUUAAAAAAGAGUUUGUUAACUUGCUAUUUUGUGGUCUUGUUGCCUGAAACUGUUCAUGUUUUGCUUUUUUUUGUAAAGAUGUAAAAAGUGCCCAUGUGUCAUAUAUAUAUAUAUAUAUAUAUAUAUAUAUAUAUAUAUAUAUAUAUAUAUAUAUAUAUAUAUAUAUAUAUAACAUACACACACUCGCACGUACACACACUCAUGCAGACCUCACAGUUGACUUUACUUUGUUGUUGUGUAUGAGAGCCCCUGAGUGUGAGAGCCUCUACAGUCCAGUUUCCAUGUUCCUGCCCACCAGUCUUUACAUUACUGUUCACACGUCACUCACAUACGUCACUCACACACACAGUUCUCACGUGAGCCAUUAAACAGAGCAUUCUUCAAAGCCUUAUCACAAGCCUUUACAUGAACACUCACAUGAACACACUCACAUUCUCGCCAAACACUCUCGCUUUGACAAAUUUCAAGCCUUAUUUUAAGCUUCAUCUCUCUCAUUGUAAGCUAAAUCAAGGACAAGUUUCUAGUUGAAGUUGCUACAGACUGGGAGGAGGGCAUUGUUAUUUGCUGGUCAUGUUUGUGUCACCUCAAACAACAUGAAUGCUUUGUGAAGGGCAAGACUUUCCCACACAAGCCUCAACCCCUCCCCAGACCCAGACAAAAACGACGUUGAUAGUACAGAAUGAUUUUCAGCUGUUUGGUUUUGUUGUUUCUUCAGUUGACAGUUUCUAAUGGACAUGUACCAGUAUUGGUAAUUACACCAUUAUUACAAAAAUAUGUUUGCCCUGUUGUAAAUGUUGUGUAAUGUAGUGUAACUGGACAAAACAGUGUUGAGAUGCCAAAGUAUUAUGUCAAGAUUCUCAUAGUCAAUCCGUUUACAUGACACAGUGCUGUCUGUCCGUCAGUCUCAGUAUUCUGUAAAACUUCCCCGAUUCCCUUCCCUGGAAACCUAGUUUACGGUCUGCAAAACGCAGCACUAUUUUAUACAAAAACUCACCAGUCGCCUUAACCAGGGAGUGUUGUAUCGAAAGACUUGUCUAAUAGGAUCUAAAAUCUGUAUGUAAGUAGGUGGUGUGUACUGUGUACUGUACCUCCAGCUUCUCCAACUCUGGGUAAGCAUGUCACCAUUUUGUCCCACAACACAGUGUAGAGAAGCAAAAUGGCCACCUUCUUCUUUAGUGUGGCUCUCAAACUGAAAACCAAGGGUAAAUAAAUAUGUUAUCUGUUCCAUCGUCUUUUUACAGAAUACCAAGGUUUAUUUGAAAUACCGAGCCAAAUGGAGGAGGGUUUGUAAAAUGCAGACAGGGGAAAUAAAAUGAGAUGAAAGGGUAGCUAUCUUCAGUUCUUAGACAGCAAAACAAGUCUCAGCCAAGAGGCAGGGCCUUUACCAUGUCAAAUGACCAAGUCAAAGCCAAACUUCAGUUGAGUCCAUAGCAUAUCAAAAUGACAUUUCCUAAAGCAGUAAGCAUGAGUAAUGCCAUAAAAACAGCUCUAACUACCUGCAUAAAAGUAAUCAGGAUUGCCAAUAUGUCAUACUACACAUAUAUCAGUGUUAGUAGAUCAUUUUGUCAUUAACGCUGAUCGUAGUCUCCUUAUAAGACGUAAUAGUCCUAAGACCCUUCAGGAAUCCUCUCUGAGAGGAACAUCUUUGCACUCUAAAUACAUUAGGUAACAUAAACAGACAACAGAGCUACAUCUACUCACGGUGCAGCAUAAUGUGUUGCAGGCGUAGAGGAUUUGGUUUUUCUGUUUGUUUUCAGUUCAUCCCUUAGCCAACUACUUACACUUUGGGAGAUGGUAAUGUGUUGACAUGUGUGUGUUUUUACAGAACUUAAGCAUCCCCCAAUUCCCAAAUCUCACUCACACACACACACACACCGCGGGUUGGCACAGUGCAGUCUGAUUGAAGUUGCAGUCUGUUAGAUGUUUCUGAAAAAGCACAAGAGUGUCCUCCGCAGACAGACCGUUAGACAGGGGUGUCUGUUGAGUGCCUCACAUCUCAGGGGCUGUCAUCACCGAUGCUUGUUGUAAUCUUUCAAUCUUGUCACUGUUCCGUUCUCUGUUCCCUUUUUUUUCUUAAUUAUCUAAAGUGCUAUUUAUCAAACAAUGACAUUUUAAAGGAAAAAAAACAACUUGUAGUUUCUUUGCAUUUUGGCUUAUUAUGUCAAGUUUUGGGGGGUAAUGUUUGUUUUCUCUCUCUUUCUGUGCCGUAAAGAGCGUGUCGUCUGUAGAUUAAUAUCAUUUUGUUUGAUUCUAAAGGAUUUCAAUAGUUUUAAGUAUUGUCUUGAGAGAAGCCAAAGUCAAUGCAUUUCAGUGGAUUCUGUAAGCGUGAUGUAUGUUUGUUUGACAACACUUCGAAAUCUGUCAUUGGAUGGGAUUGAAAAAGUACAAAAAAUGCAGGCUUUCCUAUUUCUACAAAUGAUUGUACUUAUGCAUUUUGUACCAGUGAAACUUUUUAUACUGGAGAUUAAAGGAAACAAAAAAAACGAUUAGAAAACAAAGCUGUCUGGCCUCGUGAUGUGGCCUGACCUUUGUUGACUGGUUCCCGAGUAUGAUUUAUAGCUGGCAUCAAGAAAGUUGUCUUUUGAUAUACGAUUUUGUAGAAGAACUUUGGCUUGGUUUCUUUAAUUAAUUAACUUCUUAUUUUUCCUUACUUCAGUGUUGUUCUUUUCGCAAAGAGAAGUUAGGCGAGUGUUGAUUUCUUUUUGGCUUAUAAAUAGUUAUAGCCGUUUGUCUAUACAAAAAAAAAAUCCGGUAAGUUUCAUUUAACUUCUGUAUUGUGACGUCUACAUGAUAAGGAAUAUAAAUAUUUAGUCACCUUCAGUGGAUUAAUGUUUUAGUUUAAAUAAAAUAAACUAAUUAGAGGUUUUUGCUUUUAACUUAGAUUUUUCUGGUUUCUCUGUCCUCUGUGAACUAACUGUGUAGCUGAAGCAGUCAGAAUUAUUUUUGUAAACGUAUGUUCUUGUGUGAUGCAGUUAUUUGCUUCUGUCUCCGAUAUUAAACCAUUUUUCCUAA